GCAAGAAUUCUUUAUUCUGAUGAAGCUGGACGUAUCUCUAUAGCCAUGGCUUUCAACCGUGCUGUAUCUGAAGGACAACUGAAAGGGCCACUAGUAAUUAGCCGAGAUCAUCACGACGUCAGUGGCACAGAUAGCCCAUAUCGUGAGACCUCCAACAUCUACGAUGGAUCUGCUGUUUGUGCUGACAUGGCAGUAUGA